CAUAAGCCGGGCUGAACAGUACGGCGCGGAUUGUGAAUGGGCAAUAGGAGAAUCGGGUGAUCAUGAUGCUGCGUUGUCAAUAGGACCAAUGGGACGUGGCCUAGUGUGCGAUCUAAUCCUUCGACGAUUCACGCACGGUGCAUGUCACGAGUUUUCCCAAUUAUGUCCUGCCAACCGGCCGCACAAACGAGCGGAUACAUUCUCGUUUAUUGUCGAGGAUGUCAACAGAUUAUUGAAUCUAGGGAAGCUGACUUUACCCUACGCGUAUGGGUUUAAUAACGUAUGUGUCCCAGUUCACCACUGCCUCGGCAUACGAUAAAGCUGUUUACGUUAGCCCUGAUAACAUGGCCCAGAUCGCAGGUAGCAGAUCAGAGUUCACAACGAGCGAUCUCGGGCUCAGUGACACGGAGUAUAAACGAAACGGUGGCUGUUUCUUGUCCUAUAAGAAGACUGCCGUAAUAAUCCUGAUGUUCAUCAUUGGUGUCAUCACUGCAGGGUUGAUAGGAGCCUACUUGAAUCCAUGGGCGAACAAGCCAACUUUGACGGCUCUGACCUUAGCUGAAGAGGAUGACGUUGAGGGAAUCAGACCCUUAGCCAGGUUCUCCGUUUCGCCUUUGAUCUUUCCAACACUUUACAAAGUGGAACUGAUCCCAGUUACGGAAACAGGAGUGACCAAGUUGAACGGUCAUCUAAUCGUGGAGUUCGCUUAUAACGGAAGUCGGCCCUUGUCAAAAAUAGUUUUGAACGCCAAGGAGAUCACGGUAAUCAAAACGAGACUGUUCUCAGCGGAUGAUCUGUUAUCGGAACAUGCUCACUCCAGGAGAAGGAGGGACGAGCACGUCUGA